AUGACAGGUCGCAAGGAGAACUUGCAUCGCUUCCCAUCAGGUGAGCGCUGCGAUGAAUGCCGUGCGAAAAGAUGGUAUCUCGAGAGCGGGUUUCGCUACUGCGAGAAUGGUCAUCGCAUUGAAGGAUUCGUUGAGGUGGACAUCGAUGAGGAGGACAACUUUGGCCAGACAGGGCGCAUAAGCCGCAAAGAGCGCGAGGUGAAGGAGAAAGCAACGCGUCAUCUCGCUGGCAACGAGGCCCGCGAGCUCUACCUGGAGUGUCUACAGCUCGUCCUGCGCCGCCAGGUCUGGUGGCUGGUUCACGAGCGCAGGCUCCCUGCUGAGCUGGAGACGGUGGUGCGCGACCUGUGGGAUCUGCGGAUCAGGAGCUUUGCCGGGCUGAAGAGAACCGCUGCGGCUGAAGAGACCGACACGGAAAUGGACUCGGGUACGGAUGAUGAGUUCUUCUCCUCCCAGGCGGGAAGCGAGAGCGAUGCGAGCACGGUCUCGACAAGGACGACGGCGAGCAGGGCCAGGAGUUGGACGAGUGAGGCGGGUCAGGACUGGAACAUGCCAGGGCUGUUUCAUUGUCUUGCCCUGUGUUACCUGGGUUGUCUGUCCCUUAGUCUGCCUGUGAGGGUAGGGCAGAUCUAUGAGUGGGCGAGGAGUGAUCAGUUGCCCUUUCUGGGGGCUUUUGAUGCUCUGCCCAAGGAGAUGACGGACCGGCUCCCUGGGUCGUACCACCGAGCUUUGAUGGUCAAGCACACGUCUUUCCAGGGAGGGGAGCUGCAUCAGGCGGUGUUGGAGCUGAUACUGGAGUAUCAUUUGAACUACGACAUGGUGUUUCCGGCGCUGAAUACGCCUUUGUUGCUCUUUCAUUAUCUAAGAGAGCUCGCAUUGCCGGCGGAGGUUUACGUCCACGUGCGGGCGAUGAUCAGGCUUUUGAGCCUCAUUUUCACCUUCAACAUGAAAAAGAAACGAUUCAGACUACUAGAUCAUCCGGAUGUCCUGCUCAUAGCAAGUGUUGUCUUCUCGACCAAGCUCAUCUACCCCUUCGACGGCAAAGAGAGGCCACCACUCAGCUACCGUGACCCGUCCUCCUUACAGAUGGACUGGGACAGGUGGCGAGAGCUCAUGAGAGACAGCGAAGCGGAGGGCCUGGAGAGACGGGAUAUCAACAAACUGCAGCCCGAGGACGUGUGGAGUAUGAGCGACAAGAAGAUCGACGACUACCUCGACUGGUACGAGGAAACGCAAAUCAAGCAUGGCACAGAAACACAGGAGCUGAGAGAAUUAUUCCCACUCUCACAAAGGCGCAGACAGGUCUCGAGAAACACCCUGACAGAGGAUGAGAUUGAUGAGAGGCUCAAGACGGCACAGAGCUACAUUAGAUCAGUGGCACCCGCAGCGGGCGGAUGGCUGUUGAGAGCUGGUGAUGCUCAUGCAAUCUAUCGUUCUGUAGAUGAUUUACCUGAGACAGCGAGGGCAUUCUACGGGAAGGCAGCAGAACUGUCUGGGUUGUCAUUAGGGAGGCUUGUCAAGGCAGUCUACACCCUAGAACGGUCGGUAGGCCGGUGGUGCGUACGUGAAGAAAAGGCAGCCAAAGGAAUAUCCGAAGGCGAUCAGUCUGAGCAAGAUAGCCCAGAAUAA